UAAUAUUAUAGUCAACUGACAAAUAACGAUUUAUAAGCAGUAUGAAGUGGUUUUAUAUUGGGUAGGAUGUUCUCCAAAAUAAAAUCACUUCAUUAUUAUUAUUAAUCGUUGUUUGUCAAUUUACUGUGAUAUGUUUGUUCUCGAAGUGGACGAGAAAAUGUGGGAUGAAAUUACGCAUAACCAAGAAAAGAGCACCGUAUGAAAUAAGCACUGGUUAUUCUUUAAAUAUAUAUAAACAUGUAAAUUAGGAAUGUAAUGGAACUGCUGACGAAAACAACGAAGAUAUCAGAAUAAAAGAAACUCUGUCUAACUGUAUGCUUUGAUAAGGAUAUUAAGAUGAUGCUGUGAUAUAACCAUGGAAGUAUUAAACAUGAAGGUUGAACCCUUUUUUGAUGAGGAGCAGGAUGCUUUGUUGAAUACCAAAUUGGUGAAAAAUGAAGAAGAAACAUUUACAUUAUCUACAUCUACAGGAGAAGCUGAUUUCUUAGAAGAAAGAUCUUUACAUACCUUUUUGAAGUUUGGUGUAACAAAGGAAGAACAAGAAGAGAACUAUGAUGGAGAAACAGAGGAGGCUGAGAACAAACUUGUUAGUGUGAAAACAGAGCAGCAUGGUGAUCUACCACAAGAUGAGAUUAUUUCAAAGUUCAGUGAUAAUGAUGAUAAUGAUCUGGAUGGUUCAAAGUACCGUGUUACAAAUGUGAAGAAAGAAAAGGAAUUUCAAAGUUUGGAACAAACUGGUUCUGAGGGAAGUACAUCUGAAAUACCUAAUAUGGAUGGAAACAAUGAAACACUUCAAGAAACAAAACGUCAAUUAGCAAGAGAAAGAAAAAGACAAUGUAUGGCAGGACAAAGUCAAGAAAGAUUAGCAAAAAUUAGGAUAAAUGAAUCACAGAUGGAAACAACAGAAAUAGCAGAAGAAACGAAAGAAGAGCGAAGAUGUCGUCAAAACCGAGAGAGACAACAAAGAUUUCGUGCUCGCCAAAGUGCCAAAAAUGUAGCCAAAAUAAGGAUAUUAGACAAUGAACACAUAUUAAGAAGAAUCAAAAAUGAGACAUGGGAGCAGACUGAAAAAAAAAUGAUGUUUAGAUACAGAAAGACAUGCUAGAAGAUGAGCAAAUAGAAGAAAUAUAUAAAGACCUAUGUGAACACCUCUUCUGGAAAUCAGUUUGCUGGUGAUCAUGUUUUAACACAAGAAGAUCCCUUUAUGGAAACAGAGGUCAACAAGUCUCUGAAACCAAACA